GAUUUUAAAAAGUCGGCCACACAAUUGAAAAAAAGCUUCCAGUUUUCUCUUGCAGCCACUGGGAAAGCAAAAGGAAGUGAUGCCAUUAUUAAAAACUCUGUUCGCGGAUCGUCAGAAUAUGCAUCCAUCCAGGUAGGAGAAGAUGCAUAUUUUAUGCGUUACGACUCGAUAGGUGUAGCAGAUGGAGUGGGUGGAUGGAACGAAGUGCCAGGCGCAAACCCAGCUCUUUACUCGCUCAAAAUGAUGCACUAUACACAUGCAGAAUUUGAAAAAUACGAUGAUGUUUCUAUAGUGGAUGAUAGCAUUGCAGAUUAUGCAGCAGUAUCACCCAAAGAUAUUCUUACUAGAGCAUACAAGCAAGUCAAUGAUGAUGCGCUUCGUGAAAACAUCCUGGGCUCCACAACAGCGCUCAUUGCUGUUUUAAGAGAAAAUGAGCUCCGUGUUGCAAAUGUUGGCGACUGUGGUAUCAUGAUUGUCAGGGCUCACCACGCAAUAUUUCGUAACGAGGAACAGCAGCACUCGUUCAACUUUCCCUAUCAGCUUGGUACAGUAAGCAAAGAUGGUCCUGGAGAUGCACAAGUGUUUUCAAUCCCAGUACAAGAAGGCGAUAUUGUUGUAAUUGGAUCAGAUGGGAUAUUUGAUAAUGUGUUUGAUGAUGAGAUUGUAGAAAUUCUGGGUGGGCAUACGCAUGCAUCCAGACCAGAGUUGUCUGACCCACAACGAAUGACAGAUGCUAUUUUGUAUCGUGCUAGAGAAGUUGCUGAAAACACUCGUUUUGGAUCUAGUCCGUUUCAAACUCGAGCCAUUCAAGAGGGAUUUUAUUACCAAGGCGGCAAAAUGGAUGAUAUGACUGUUGUUGUUGGUAUAGUAAGAACUUCUGAAGACUCUCCCGAUCGUCGGUGAGUUUUUGCCUUGUUCUGUUUCGAGCCCUGAUAGACUCUUGCGUAGGCUAGCUUUGCUCAGUGAAAAUAGAAAGUCACGUCCGCACAAUACUGAACAGAUCUAAUAUUGAGCCCACAAGUUUGAUAUACACAUACCAAUUAAAAUGAGAGAAGAUUAUGUAUCAUAGC